GACAACAACAACAACAACAGGAUCAUCAAUAACAACAACAACAACAACAAAUAUUCGUACAAAUAAUGUUAAAUUACGUUUGAAAGAAAAAACUAAAAAAAAAUUGGAAGAAAAAUCUGGAACGACAGCAGCAACAUCGAAUGGAUCGAAUGCAUCAGCAGCAGCAGCUGCUGCUGCUGCUUGUUUAUCCGGUAUUGUACAGGAAACGAUAACAACAACAACAUUUUCAAAAAUUCAUGAUCAAAUGGCUGCAAUGGCAACAUCCGAUCCAGCAUUAACAAUGGAAUUACUUGGUGCAUCAUUAAAUAUGAAUCCAUCGGUUGUAACGGAUCAAUUUCAUCAUAAUCAUCAUCAUCAUCAACAUCAUCAUCAUUUUCAUCAUCAACAACACCAUCAAUCAUCAUCAACAAAAACAGGUAGUUGUGGUACAUCACCAUCACGUAAUAAUUCAUCAUCAACAACAGCAACAACAAAUUUAAAUAAAUCACAACAACAACAACAACAACGACAACCAUUAACAAUGAAAUUGAAAAAAUUAUGUAAUCCAUCAGCAACAAAUAUUAUUACAUCAAAUCAUCAAAAUCGACGACAAGAAGAUUGUUGUACAAAAAAAGAUGAUUGUCAUUGUCAGGCAUGUAUACAACGGCAGAAAAUUGCCGAAGAAUUAAUUGCUGAAGAAGAAAGUUCCAAGAAGAAAAAACAGAAAAAGAAAAAGAAUAAAAGUAGUAAACAGAAAAAAGAUAAUGAUAAAAAAGAUGAUGAUAAUGACGGUGGUGAUGGCGAUGAUGGUGAACAGGAAAAAGUUGCCACAAAAGAUGAUCAAAAGAAUGAGUUACGAAUUCAGGAAAAUUUAAAAUCUGAUCAAAAACAGAAUGUCAUCAAUGAAUCACCGAUGGAUGUUAAAAUCAUUACCGAACAGCAAUCAAAUAAACCACAACAACAACAAUCAGCAACGAAACAAACGAAAAAAAAUAAGAAAAAUAAAUCGAAUGUUGAAAAAUUGAAUGUUGGUGAAGCGAAAUCUUCAGCAACAGCUAAAACGACGGCGACGACAACAACGGCUGCUCCGAAAGAAGAAAAGAAAAAAUCCACUUUAUCGAAUAAUAAUUCGAAUUCAUCGAAUAUUUUAAAUGAUUCGAAUGGUGAUCCAAUCGCAGUCGAUAUACAACAAUGGAUUAAAGUAAAAAAUAAGAGUAAACAACAACCAUCAUCAUCACUGAAUUCUGGUAUAAUAAAUAUCAAUAAUAAUACUGAUUGGAUUGUUGAUGAUGAUAUAACAACAACUACUACAACAACAACAAUGUCUGAUUCGAUUGAUAAUAAUUUAAAUAAUGAUGAUAUUGAUGAUUCAUUGAUGGAUCAUCAACAACAACAAAAUAAUGGUUUUAAAAUAAUACAUAGUGAUAAAUCACGUAAAUCGUAUUCGAAUGAUAAUAGUGAUUUAUCAUUAUCAUCAACAACGACCACGCAAACAUUGAAUAUCAAUGAUGGUGGUAAUGUAAGCGGUGGUUUAGGUCUUGGUUCACGUACAAUUAUCGGUCUGAAUUCGGCUGUUGCAGCUUCGAAAGCAAAAUUAUUGGCAAUCGAAGCACAAAUUGCACAUAGUAAUAAUGAAUUAAAAGGUGCCGUACAAUAUAUUAGUGAAGCAUUAGAAAUUGAUUCAAAAAAUCCAAUUUAUUAUAUUAAUCGUGCCUAUUAUCAUGAACGUUUAAAUGAAUUUGAACAUGCAUUACGUGAUACUGAAUCAGCAAUACGUUUUGAUGAAUGUCGUGAUCAUUUUGAUCAUGCUAUUUGUUUGAAAGCACGUUGUUUAAUCGGUUUGGAACAAUAUGAACAAGCAGAACAAUUAUUAUUUCGUUUAAAAUCAUUAUCACAAAAAUUUAUACCAUUCCUACAUAAAGAUCUGUUAUUAUUACGUAUGAAAAAAUUAAUAUCUUGUGGUUAUACAAUACCAUUAUCAAGAAUUUAUGCAACACGUUUUAAUACAAUCGCUGAUUCAUUAGCUAUGAUUGAACAAAAUUGUCAAAUUUUAUUGGAUAAAAAAUUAAAUGAAUCGGAUCCAAAAUUACAUUUAUGGCUUAUUAAUCAUCAACAACAACAACAACAGCAGCAGCAGCAACAGAAUUCAUCAUCAUCAACAACAGCAACAGAUUUAUCAUCCGAUUUUCUAAACGAAACAAAAUUACCAAAAAUAAUGCAAUAUUGGUCACAAGAAUCACAACGUUUUUAUCAAAUUAAUCAUAAUGAUUAUGAUGAUGAUGAAAUAUAUUUUAGUGAUGAAGAUGAACGUGAACAAUGGUAUGGUCAUCCGGAUCAAUGGGAUCGUUCAAAAGAUAUUCUUAAUAAAUCACCUGUACAAUUUGAAGAUGCAAAAGAACCACCAAAUUCAAAAGGACAAAAAGCAUUAUGGAUUGGUAAUGUAUCACCAAGUUGUUCGCUAACAUUUGUUACAAAUUUAUUCAUGAAAUUUGGUAAUGUUACUUUUUGUAAAAUAUUUCCAAAUGAACAACGAUCACCUGAUGUUGCAUAUCUAUUAUUACAUUAUGAUAAUGAUAUAUCUCCACGUUUAGUCAUGUCUUAUUUUAAGGAUAAAAUUGUACCCGGAAUAUCUAAAGAUGAUAAUUGUCCAUUAUUGAUACGUUUUCGUAAUAAAAAUGAUAAAAUUGAUGAUCAAACAUCGAAUGAUUUAACAAAUUUAUCAUCAUUAUCAACAACAACAACAGGAACAAUAUCAUCAUUAGCUAAUGGUUCAAAUAUUAUUUCAUCAUCAACAACAAGUGGAUCAAAUUCACCAUCAUCAAAAACAGUAUCCGAAUGUUAUUAUUUUCGUACAACUGGUUGUGAUCGUCAACAUUGUACAUUUCGUCAUGUCAUAGGUAAUAAAGGUAUCGAUAGACAAACAUGGAUGAGAAAGAAAAAUUAACACCGGUCAAUCUCUCUCGCUCUUUUUUUUGAAUAUUCUUCAUAUGAAUUUUAUAAUAUAAUUAAUCUUUGUAUAUCAGAAUA